AUGGAAGUUAACAAUGUUGAAUCACAGAUGCACCACUGGCAAGUAGAGGAUGCCAAGCAUUUCGAUUACUCACCAAGGGCACUAUGGCUCCGAGCCAUAGUCUUAGGAGGGCUCGAAGGCUUGGUCUUUUCGGCGGUAACUAUGAUGGGAAUAGGUAUGCUUAAGGAGGAGGAUAACAAAGUUAAACUCAUCACAAGCUUCCUAGGUUUAGCGUCUGGGGCAUUCAACGUGGCAAUUGCUGAAUUUGUAUCUGUAUACACCCAGUACGAUAUAAUGAGGUUCCAAUUGGAGAGGAACAUUAGAAUGGGAAAAGGGGAUCAAAAAGCCGGGUUGAUCCCCAGCCCAAUUGUGAUUGCUGUGGCAGCUUCAGUGGCAUAUUUUGUAGGGGGUACAGUGCCUGUAUUAGGAGGUGGGUUUAUUAGGGAAUCAAAGUGGAGAUCUUUUAUUGCUACAAUAGUGGCUUCUUCUUGUAUGAUAGCGGUUGGAACCAUUGGAGCUGGAGUUGGGAAUUCACCUGUGGCAAGGUCCUGCGUAAGAGUCCUGUUUGGUGGGUGGGUUAUGAUUUCCAUUGGCUGGGGGAAGAAUUAUAUUCUUAGGUAUAUUGGGGUCUAG